UUUCUUUGAGUUCAGACCUUCUUACUGCAAAACACUCGUCUACCACGACACUCAAGUCCUCAUAUGGACCCCUUUCUCGUGUUCCUGAGGCUCUGUGUCCAGCCACGCGUACAGGCGUGCGCGGACUGCGACGCAGCUUUGAAUCCCAGGCGUCUUCGUAGGUCCUUGUACAUGGUGUUCUCGAGAGUUGUAUAGACAGAUAGAGGCACGCUUGACCUUGUCUCGAUUGCCAUCGAUGCGCGGAUUCACGUCACCCCUCUGCGCUCGGCCUUGGAGGUGGCUCCGCAAUGUUGCAGCUGCCUGCUUGCUUCUGUGCCUGCUUCUCUACCAUAUACCGGAUCGGACAUGGAGAGGCGCUGGACUGCUCGUGUUUGGCGCCCACUGGGAGAAGUUUCCGCUAUUGAACGGCUACUAUGCCGGUAUCCGUACGCUCGUUCCGUCCCCGCACCACCUGGACAACUCCUCGUCCCGCGGCCUGGCCGAUUCCGACAGGUCAUCUGGACUGAAAGAGCAGGACGUGGACGAUCGACGCGUUGAAUACAGCCCUCACAAGUGGACAGUGGGGACACAAGACUGCUUCCUUGACGAGGCUCGCACCAUGAGCAUUCCAAAGGUCUACUCGUAUACCGGUGUACCACAACACCAUCCAGAUCCGCUCCACGGCUCUUACAGAGUUCUUGGUCUACGAGAUGAUGUGUGCUUCGACAAACAUGGUCGCUUAGACGUCUAUGGCGACAUUACAGACUCGGCACCUGAAAACACAUGGCUGUCGCGAGCUGGAACUGAGAGCAGGCCUGCGUCGGAGGGACCCGAGCCAGCAUUUGUGGACUGGACUGCAGUCGAUUGGGCCGCAGCGCAAAAGAGAUGCUACAAGGACAACUCCCAUCGAUUCAACCCGCCCAAGAAAGCGGAACAAGCCAAGCCUUCCGAUCGGCAGAUCGUACCCAGACAAGCUAUUGUGCUUAGGACGUGGACGGGCUAUAACUACACAUCUCAUGUCAUGAUGAAUCUCAGAGCACUCAUCAGCGAAGCAUCUCUAGCAUCGAGGGGAGAGUAUGAUGUCCAUCUCUUGGUCCAUGUCAAGAACAAUUCGGCACUAUUCUGGGAGGAUAAACAUCUUUACGCCACACUUCGCAAUGAGUCUGUACCGGAGGAGUUCCGAGGUCUGGUCACCCUCUGGUCCGAGAAACAAAUGGAAUUGAUCUAUCCUGGUCCUUUUUGCAACAAUACGUUGAACAAGUCAGGAAUGUCAAUACAUGGAGUCUAUCGAAGCUCCCACAUGCCAUUACAGCACUUUGCCCAAACUCAUGCUCACUACGAGCAUUUCUGGAAUUGGGAAAUGGACAUGAGGUACAUCGGUCACUACUACGAACUAUACAACCAGCUUGGCCAGUGGACGAAGUUGCAACAAAGACAUGGCGCUUGGGAACGUGGCGCAAAGUAUUAUAUCGAGAAACUGCAUGAGACCUGGGCCGAUUUUUCUAAACUUGUUGCUCAGGAGAAUGUCAACAUGGUUCCAGGCCCGGUAAACUUCCCUGGUUCGAAAGCAUUCGGGUCGCACAAGAAGGAUCAGGUUCUUGGUGCGAAUCCAAAAGAGGACGCCGAUUUGAUCACAUUGAGCCCUCUUUUUGAUCCAAAUGAGUCAGGCUGGUAUUUCGACAAGGACAUCACUGGAUAUGACACCGACUUGCCAAUGCCCCCUCGUCGUGUCGCUAUUAUUGCAGCAUCUCGCAUGUCUCGCAGACUGCUUCAAGUGAUGCAUAUCGAGACUGUUGAGUACAAACGCUCGAUGUGGACAGAGAUGUGGGCACCGAGCAUUGCUCUGCACUACGGUCUGAAGGCAGUGUAUGCGCCUCACCCUGUCUACUACGACCGCGAAUGGCCUCUCGCGACCGCCAACAACAUAUUCAAUGCCGGCGAAAACGGUUCCUCUGGUGGCAAUGCUUCGUCAGUGUUUGGAGCUUUCGAGCACAAUCAUUUGGGAAGCACUUGGUAUCACAAUGCUCGAUUUGCUGGUGAAUUAUGGAGAGCUUGGUUAGGACGUGGCAGUGGAGAGAACGCGGAACGCAAGGGUCUCGAUCGCAUGUGCUUGCGUCCAAUGCUCUUGCAUACAAUCAAACACGAAUAGUGUGUUCAUGCCAGUGCUAAAGCAAUGUGAACGCCUGAAAAAGCGGAGGGGGUUUGCUUACUAUCGGCUAAUACCCCAGGAUGGAGAAGCCCGCGCUUGCCCGCUCGACCCACGCGACACCG